AUGGAUGGCGGAAGCUCUCCCCCAUGGAGGGUGAGGGUUGGGAUGAUGCAACCUGCUCAGCCAUGGUUCUUCUAUGCAUUAACGCGUGGUGUCAUGGCGAUAAACUGGACUGUACAACGCUGGUUCCUCCUUCCCAGGAUAUACCCCUCUUUUCCAGUUAAGAUUGAUCUACCAAAACCAACCGGGGAGAGGUGUCCAAAACUGCAUCCGAACAAAUGGCAAUAUCGUCCUUGGUACAGACCGGAGAGCAUCGGUUUGGGCUACCUUCAAAAUAGGUUUCUGGUGGCCAUUGGGUGGUAUAGCGAGAUGCCAGGACCUCACUUGAAGAGCUCAGGCUAUCGUUUGGAGGAAAUGGGCCCUUUCAAAUUUGAAAAUUCUGCGCAUGAGGAAGUUAUGCAGAAGGCUGCUGAGCUUCAGGGUUGCCCCGUCGCUGGGCCCUGGUCGUUGGAAGGACGUCGUGGUGAUGAGCCUUCCCCUUGAGCAUCAGCGACAUUGUGGUUAUUCUGAUUUCAUGUGAACGGCAGUGGAUUAAAUUCGUAGUUCUUAGCAUUUACAGACGUUACUUCGAGAUCUAAUUGGAAUAAAUAAUGUUUGGUUGCAUCCUUGAGACUGCCG